UGUCCAUUGAGGCUAAAUUUGAAGCAUCAAUGACUCAAAUGCAAGAAUUUCGUAUGAUUGUUGAGCAACAAUUUGCUGAACUUAGGCAACAAAUUACUUAUCAAAGCCAACUACUUCACCGCUCCCCUGAUACAGCUGCAUCUCAGGCCCACCGUCGAUCUGGUGAGCCCUCAAGUAUUCGAGAAGACUCUGCAACAACUCCAUCGAUGGAACAAAUUUGCCAAUUGAGAGAUAUCCGUGGUCGGACUGUUGCUAGUGGGCAGAUGGUGUCAGAUACUACAGGCAUCCCUCCAGAAUGCAUCAGAGUUGUAAUAGAUGAUAUCAAUGUUCGUACAACAGAGUUAUUUAAUGAUGACAGGACAUUUGAAGAUAUUCAAUUGGGUGAAAUUGUUGUCUGGCCCAAAUUCCUGAUGAGAAUUUAAAUAUUUAGUAGUUUUAUUUAACUUUUUGAACUCUAGGACAUAUUGUAUGACGAAAACUUGAUUAUUCACUGAAAUCCUUUUUUGAUCAAGUUGCCUUUUUUAUUUAUUUAAUCUUUAGCAUCCUUUUUAUUAAUUAUGGCUUGUUGUCAUUUGUUUUUUAUUAACCAAGUCACUAAAGGAUUUCAAUUUCAAAUGUAACUGAAGUAUUGACAGAACGUUGUCUCUUGUUGCAGUACGAGAUGUAACAAGAAUAUACAUUGAUUGUGUAUUUGAAUUUUUUUAAAUGCACCAACCAGAAACGAUUUGAGACGACGUUCAAUGAUACUUUGUUAGAUAUGAAAUUUAUGACCUUUAGUUACUUGGUUAAUUAAAAAGAACUACGUAGUGGCUUGAUCCCAAUCUGACUUUUUGGGUACGUAGGCAGCCGUUCAUAAUGUACUAGAAUAUCGGUGCAGCCACAAAUCUUUUUUCUCCUUUGAAUUGUAACAGACUGUAUCAGUUGCAUUUUUCUCUAUCAUACAGGUUGUGGCUAUCAAA